AGACCAUAGAGGCGGCAUACGACUAGACCGUCUCCCCCUCAGGUCGCUCGCGGCGGGGGAGCGGGGCAGAGCGUCUUCCAUGAACCUCGAGAAGGAAAGGAAGCGGAAGCCGCCGGCAAGAUGGCGGCCGUCGAGGAGGCGGAAGCGGCGACCAGCUGCGGGCGGAUGAUGAGGGAAGCUGAAGGGUGGCUCCUCCGGGGGCUCCUUCUGUGCGCCUUGGCGGCAGGUGAGGCAACAACCUGGGUGGCGGAGGCCGUGGGACCCCCGGGUCCCUCGAAGGGGCGUUUCGUGCCUCUGCGGAGGCUCGCCAGAGCCCUAACCUGACCUUGUCUGAGAGGAGCUGGGGAGGCAGCCGCCUGAAAGCCCAGGGAAAGCAAAGGAAAGGCCUCUUUUUCUCGGACAGGCGGGUGUUCCACAGGAGCGAAGUGUCGUCCAUUGGUCACUAGAAUCGCGGUGAAAGAGCAAAUGCAGUUAUUUGGCCUCUGGUGAAGCUGUAGGAAAACUCGCCCCCCCCCGUCCCAAACCAUUUUUGGUAAAAGCUUCGUUGGGACCAACCCAAAUGUCACGAAAGCUUGGGGAGCUUUUGAGUUCUCCAGCGUCCUUCACUAGGCAACACGUUGCAAAAACGAAAGAAAGAAAGAAAGAAGUGCGUCUGUGUGUUAAAAUUUAGGAAAAACGUUAAGGGGGAUGUUUUGGCCAUGAGGUCAGCUUGUAGGCUUUGUUCCAAGACGGGGGUUGCAAGCAGAAUAAGCCCCUCCCAGUUGGUACAUGAUUCUGUGGUGGAGUUGCAAUAGUCGCUCCCUGUCUUUGGGAAAACGAAAAAAGAAGAAAAAAAGAACUGAAGUCUAGUUGGUAACCCAGAUCAGUAUUCCCAUAAAUUUGUGGGGAGGGUGGAUGUCAGCUACUGCAUCCUCAUCCCCAGACUCCCAGAUGUACAGAACUUUACAUCUGUAAUACCAGGGAGGGACUUUAGCCUGCAAUCUGAUAUCAUGGAACUCAUUUCACAAGUUGAUGACUUCAUGGCUACAAGUUUUUUUAUUUUCUUCACUCCCUGCUUUGCGGUAACCUCUAGCUGAGGGACUCCGCUGCUUGCCAAGCUUUGUGAGGUUUUAUGCCAGCAAUUCAUAAAAUAGCAAACAAAAAAACAAUGAACAUAGGCCUGUUGAUAUAAAAAGAGCUCUAAGAGAUACCUGAGAGUCAAUAGAAAACUUGUGGAAUCUCUGCUGGAAAAAUGUUAUAGAACAUGGGACCUCCAACACUAAAUGCCUGACUUCUAGUUGGAGUCAGUUGGGACUCUUAACAUGAGGGCAACUAAAAAUGAUUGUGUUCAUAGUUUAUUAUUUAUUUACAAAUGCAAUACAAUGAACAUUAAAAUCAGUUAGAAUGAUAAAAAUAAGAAAAUUCACUUAAAAUGCCUGCUGGAAAAAAGUCUUCAGUGGGUGCUGGUACUUUGAUGGUGAUGGCUUCCUGCCCUCAGCUGGAAAUGAUUUCCAUAAAAUUGGGGCCACAGUACUAAGUAAGUGGUUGCUGGUGGAUAUGAGUUGCGCACUGAGCAUAUGGACUGAAUACUAAGUCCAUUAAAAAAGCAAAAAAAAAUAAAUUGUGUGUGUUUGUGAAAGCCUGUUGGGCAUCUGUAAUACAGGGACAACUAAUAUUGAUCAUGUCAAUAGUUUAUUUAAAAAAAUUGACCACAUAUAGAAACACAAGGCAUUGAAAAGUAAAAUGGGUUAAAAAUCAGGAAAUUCAGUCAAAUUGCCUACUGGAAUAAAGUAUUCAGUAGGGACUGGAAGUUCAACAAGGAGGGGGCCAAACUGACUUCAACUAGAAGGGAAUUCCAUAAAAUUAGGCCACAGUAUUGAAUGCAUGGCUCCUGGUGGAUCUGAGCCAUGGGGGACUAACAGUGAUUCCCCUGGAGAUUGGACAAGGAUACAAGAGAUUAUGUAUCAGGCUAACCUCAACAACAUAAAAGUACACUUUGGUUGCUUCCAUGGCUCAAAAUGGGUUUCAGAUGGGGACAAACAGGGGAAGUGCAGCCCCGUUGAUUCUCCCAGAUAUCUUAGUAGUUUUCAUUUCCUUUUACCAUAAUUUCCUGCUGUGAUGGCCACAUGUCUUUCUUCUCUUUAGUGGUUCAUUUUCUUUUUUAAAGCAGUUGGUGCUUGGAGACUGCUGUUUUGCACAGUCGCCUUUGACUUCUCAGAUACCACAAAGUUCCAUGUGGUCUUGCAUAGUUCCUAAUAUCUAAAUAAAAUCUUGAGUCAAAUCACCAGUAUGCUGUCCUCCUAUUAUUUACUUUCAAGGAGGUCAUGAAAGUAAUAAACAGGUAUCUGUAGUGAAUUUUAGAGUAGAUGAAGGUUAACAAACCUAUACUUAAUCUAGACUGGACACUAGUACUAUGAGGGACUAGGAGAGAUCGUUGAACCUGUUCUGGAUGGGGAUGCCGCCCUCUUGAAAUAGCAGGUUAUACAGUGUAGGAGACUCCUUCAUCCUUACUUUUCCUGGAUGCCCAUAUGGUGACAGUUGCUAGGAGUGCCUUUUUAUCAGCUUUGCCUAUGUCCUUUCUCUAAGAAGACCAACUCACAUUCAGUCAACCAUGCUUCAAUUACUUCCAGAUUGGAUUUUUACCUUGACUUUGAAGACAAUGAUAGAAAACCAUUCAGUUGCUUUAAUUUUCUACCUGCAUCAUGAAGCUGUUAAAAAUAGAAGAGCAAGAUCUGUAAACAGAGGUGGUAAAGCUUCACAGCUUUUCUCUGUGCUUAGCAUCAUAUUUUGGGAGAUUAUGACAUAGGAUGGCUGGAAGGAAGGAGUGAUACUGGAUGUCUGUAAAGGAAACCCUGAAGUGCAGUGUUGGGGGAGAAGGGAUCCAGCUGAGGUUUUUCUAGCCUCAACCAGUUUGAGAAGCAGCAGAAAACCUUUCUGCCUUGGAAGUGAAAGCAAAGAUAAGUCGGUGAAAGUUGGCUUCAUAAUGGGCUGAAGUUAAACAAGGAUAAUUUAUUAAAUUAGCAGGUGUCCCUAAUAGGAUAGGAGGUUGUCGUAGUAAAUGAGUGAGCAAAAGAUGGAUGGGGAUUGAGGGAUGGAGAUACUGUUAGUCACAUGCUUUUGGUGAAUGUAGCAAUUGUAUCGUGGUUUAGUUGUUUUGCACAUGACAUGUAGAAUGUUCACGGCUAGGGUUGUGUUUGCUGCUUCACUUUUUCAUUUGUGCACAGUGACAUGGGAUGGGGAAAAUUGUUUAAUCAGUUCAUUAGCAGCAAUGAAUGGGUGCUAGUUGCAAAUAGGGGAGCUCGGCAGAUACAGAUUUUACUUUUGUUUACUGAAUGCAAAUAAAAUAAACAUGCUAAGUUAGUUUACUAUUUAGGUUUCAGCAUCAGAAAAUUUUCUAAUGCAACCUGAUGUUUUUAAAAAAUGCAAGUUAUCCUAAUUUGCAUAAGAGAAAUUUCCAUUUUGGAGUUUUCCAGAAAAAAAUCCCUGAUUACAUGUUGGAUUGGGGAUGGGGCAUGUUUUGCAAUACUUUGAGGAUCUGUUGGUUGCUGAUUGGGGUGUUGUGAAAGAGGACUUCCAGACUCCACAAUGCCAUCUCAUUGACUGCUGGCUCUGAGUCGCUGAGAUAAAACAGGCAAAGGGGAGAAGGGUUAUUCCAUCCCUCAGUCCAUCUGCUUGAUCGACAUCGAUUUUUCCCUAGCCUGCUAUGAGGCCCACAGUCUGCAUUUCCAUACUGGCUUCGGGAGGAGGCUGCUUCGUUCUCUCUGCAGCCCACAUGGAAAUUAGUCUUAGCAGGCAAGUCUCUUACAUGGAUUUAUUUACAAGGCAAGAUUACACUAGCCCAAGGUAGUUUGUGACUGAGUGGGGAUUUGAAUCCAGGUCUCUCUGGUGCUGUAAAUACCAUGCCACACACUCAACUGUGAGGCGCAGCCAGUACUUAAAAUGGCCUAAGGGUAGCCAACAUAGCGUUCCCCAGACGCUUCAGGCCAAUACUAUCAUCAACCACACCCAGUGCUUGGUGGUAAUGGGAGUUUUGAUCCAGAACAUUUGGAGGUUGCUAUGUUGGCUACUCCUGAGCCACACCAUUUCAGUGAGCUGUCAAGGAAAUGAGAGCAGCCCUUGAGUGGGGACUGCAGAGAGGCUGCCAAUUGGAUGGCCUCCUAGCAGAGAUACUGUACUGGUGGAUUUCCGGCAUCAGUAUAAGGUGGGACUAGAUGGCCUAUAACAGGCAUUGGCAAACUCGGCCCUCCAGAUGUUUUGGGACUAAAACUCCCAUGAUCCCUAGCUAACAGGACCAGCAGUCAGGGAUGAUGGGAAUUGUAGUCCCAAAACAUCUGGAGGGCCAAGUUUGCCUAUGCCUGGCCUAUAAGGUCCCUCCCAACUCUGUGGUUAGGCCUGGAAAGUCGAGGCCAGAUUGGGAUCUUUACAUCUGUGUUUUUUCUCUCUCUCUCCACAGGUGCAGGCUGGUGCAACUCUGUUGAGAGGAAAAUCUACAUCCCACUGAACAGGACGGCAUCGUGUGUCCGCCUCCUGAACGCUACUCAUCAAGUUGGCUGCCAGUGUGAGUGUAUCCCAUUCUAAUGAAUUUUUGCCUGGGAGAGAAAGUGGAGCUACAUCACCUGGACCGCAUCUACUCAGCCACAAAUUUGUCAGUUGGCAGGUGGCAUUUUAGAUAUAAGUAAUUGAUGUAUAUGUGUGGUGUUUUAGAGUUGAAUAGGACAGCCCCUGCUGGCUGUAGUUGCAAUCUGAAAUUCAUCAUGGGAGGAACAAGCAGAUGAAGGGGAAGCAGGAGUAAACUGGGGAAGAAGUGGUAGUUAUUUCAGUUUCAUGUACUUAGUUUUAUUUACAGCACAGCUUAGAAGCUAGCUUGGGUGGGGGGGGGGGUGGCAAGUCCAGUGCAAUUGCCAAGCAACAGAAAACAAAACACCCAAGGGAGCUAUCUGGUGAGAAUGUUGCAUCAGGGACCUCUUCCUUUCUCAUGGCAGCCUCCUUGAAUGGAGACACUGGAGUCAUCCAUGUAGUGGAGAAGAAAUCUGACCUGAACUGGGUGCUGAAGGAUGGGCCACAUGCCCCUUACAUGGUGCUGCUAGAUGGAUAUCUUUUCACCGGGUAAUGAACCAUUCCCCCUUGCCGCUUCCCCCACAAAAAGUGCCUAACUUAUUUAUUGUGCUUGUAUCUCUUGUUUCUGUUAGAAAAUCUCAGAGAGGCCCCUGGGCUGGAAGGAACCAUGAGGGUCAUCCUCUUUCAGCCUCUUUCAAUGCAGAAAUCUUUUGCCCAACAUGGGGCUUUAGCAGUGUUUCCGCCAUGUGUCCCUUCCGCCUGUUCUUGGGUCUCUGGCAGCCUUGAUACUCAGCAGAUCAGUGUCAGCAGAGAAUGAAAUAUUUGUCUUGCAUGCAAGAUGUUUCACAUCUUCUCUCCCCCUCGCCUGCUUCCAACCCCUUCUUUUCACAGCUUAUCUUCUCCUGUUCUCAAUUCUCAUUGCGUUGAGUUUGUUUUUAAGUUUGUGUGUGAUCUUGCAUGGUACCAGAUCUCAUUUAAUAAUGUGAGUUUUGGGCUGUCUGGGCUGGAGCUCAGGGGUAGAACAGCUGCUUUGCAUGCAGAAGGGUCCAGGGUUCAGUCCCAAGCAUGUGCAGAUCGGGCGUAUCUCCCUUGACUCCUGCUUGAAACUCUAGGGAGGCAAAGCAUGUUAUGGCAGGCAGCGCUGAGCUACAUCACUACUCUUCAUCUGCUGAGUCAGGACCAAGUACCUGAUUGCGGCCUGAUCUAACGUGAGUUGCAACAGCAGCACUACCACCAUACAGAUAGAUGGCAAAAAAAAUUAAGAACUGGUUCCCCAAAUGCAUGAUUAGGCUUAAAGGUGUGUCUGAAAUGGUUGGAAGACUGCUGAGGCAGAUGGACAGAUGAAACUGGCUCAGUAAAAUUCAGCUUCCUGUGUUGUUUCUGUGCACUACAUAGACAGUUGUGGUCAUGUGAAUAUCCUGUGAUAGGCAAUGUGGUAUUUCUUGUGGGAGUAGCUGAAAAAAAGGACUUGGCGUAGAAAUUUUUCACAGCACACACUCUUCAGAUUCUCGAGGGACUGUGUGUGUAAGCAUGUGUGUGUGUGUGUGUGUGUGUGUGUGGAGUGGCCCUUCGGCCAAAGAAAAUGGGGAAUGCAGAAAAGGGUGGUGUGGUUGAAGAGUUCAUGCCAGUAUGGGUGAUGGGAAGGAGAGAGUUAAUGAUUAAACUCUUUUUCAUUAGGAAAAAUAAAUGAAUGAAGAUGGUUUAUCAGGACCAGAUGGCAUUUAACACCCAAGUGCAGCCUUGACUUCCUGUCAUUCUGCAAAGCAUUAAAUAGAUAAGGAGGAAGUUACACAUUCCAGUUACUUAAAAUUGCUUCUCCCUUUAAGGGGGGGGGGACAGAAUGUGACUAAACUCUUUCUCCUUCUACGAUUUGUUACACACGAUACCAUGUUUUUUGUUUGAAGUCUCCCCUUUUGUGCUUGGCUACUUAAGUGCUGUAGGCAAGCAAAAGCUAGCUAAAAAUCUAAAACAGCCCCCCCGCCCCCGGAAGGUCUGUUCAUCAUUUUUGUGUUUUUUUUCUCGACAGUGAUGUAAUGCAGCAGCUGAAGGGCAGCUCCCGCAUCUCUGGCCUCGCUGUAGCCAUCUCCAAACCCAGUCUCCACACAGGAUUCUCUCCUGGUUUACGGUGCCCCAACGAUGGCUUUGGUAAGGAAGGAGCUGGGUGGCGGUGGGGAGAGAGACUUGCUUGUGGGCUACGCUAAUUUGUGGAGAAGGGACUUCUUCCUGCUGCAAGUCCUCUGAGGGGCUCACAUGGGUUCAUACUGGACAGGAUGGGGAAAACAGCAGCAUUUGGCUGGCUAGAUUUCCAGCCAGAUACCUUGACUUGUUGUUGUUUAGUCGUUUAGUCGUGUCCGACUCUUCAUGACCCCAUGGACCAGAUCACGCCAGGCACUUCUGUCUUCCACUGCCUCCCGCAGUUUGGUCAAACUCAUGCUGGUAGCUUCGAGAACACUGCCCAACCAUCUUGUCCUCUGUUGUCCCCUUCUCCUUGUGCCCUCCAUCUUUCCCAACAUCAGGGUCUUUUCAAGGAGUCUUCUCUUCUCAUGAGGUGGCCAAAGUAUUGGAGCCUCAGCUUCAGGAUCUGUCCUUCCAGUGAGCACUCAGGGCUGAUUUCCUUCAGAAUGGAUAGGUUUGAUCUUCUUGCAGUCCAUGGGACUCUCAAGAGUCUCCUCCAGCACCAUAAUUCAAAAGCAUCAGUUCUUCGGCUAUCAGCCUUCUUUAUGGUCCAUCUUUCACUUCCAUACAUCACUACUGGGAAAACCAUAGCUUUUACUAUACGGACCUUUGUUGGCAAGGUGAUGUCUCUGCUUUUUAAGAUGCUGUCUAGGUUUUUCAUUGCUUUUCUCCCAAGAAGCGGGCGUCUUUUAAUUUCGUGGCUGCUGUCACCAUCUGCAGUGAUCAUGGAGCCCAAGAAAGUAAAAUCUCUCACUGCCUCCAUUUCUUCCCCUUCUAUUUGCCAGGAGGUGAUGGGACCAGUGGCCAUGAUCUUCGUUUUUUUGAUGUUGAGCUUCAGAUACCUUGACUAGCCUUACCUAAUGUCAUUAUAGUGCUUUCUUGAUGUAGACCAGCCUUUGUCAACCUGGUGUCUUCUAGAUGUUUUGGACUAAAAGUCCCAUUGGCCUCAGUUAGAACAGCCACAUGAUGCUGGGGCUGAUGAGAAGUGUGUAGACUUAUUGCAGUCCUGAGUCAGCAUCAUCACUGUAGGUGUGAUGAGCAUGAGAAGGGAGGGGCUUACCUUAAGGCAAAACUAAGCUCUGAAUUAAGAUUUUUUUGCUUAAAAGGCUCAGCCUCUUAGGCAAUUCUUUUUCUCUUCUUAUUCCAGCCGCAUUCACCUCCAUGGCAUCUGAGCAUACUUUCCCCCCUGUCUUUUCUCCUCCUUUCCUCUUGCCUUCUUCUUGUCCCAACAUCCAAUUCCUCUUUCCUGUAGUUCGCUGCCUCCUCCAGUGUCAGGCUCCAGGGGGUCCUCCGGUUAACAGGAGAUUUAAGCCUUUUGCCAAAGUAAUCACCAAUGAGAGCAGGGUUGCAGAUGCAGCACAGCCCAGGCAAACCACAGAGAAUCAGUCUAGGUCCUGAUAUUAUCCAGAGGCAAAGUCUGGCAACAGCCCAAGGUCAGUGUCACAGGGCGUUCAGACAAAGUAAGGAUAUAGCAAGGCAGGGAGAUUAGAAUUGGAAAGCAGGAGCCAGAAGCCUGCUGAAAGGCUCAAGAGGGAGACCUUAUAUACCCCAACCUCCUAAACACACCCUAAAAACAGCUGCUGGGAGUGAAGGAGUAUCAGGGUUGCUUACUCAUGAGUGGGCAAAUGACAGUGGGUCAACAUCACAGUCUUGGUUGUGUGCUUUUGGCACUGGCAUUCUCAAGGACUGGGGGGGGACAGCUGUACCUCCUCCUCUGACCGUUUUAGUGGUUCUUCAACCCAGAAAGUCUCUCAAAGGUUGACUGGGAAAAUUAGAUACCUAAGAGACCAAAGGUUCAUCGAGGACUGGGGGAAAUUUGUGGAAUACCUGGAAAGUAUAAGUGAGGGACAGAUAACGCUAGAGGGGUUUAAAAAAGCACUGUGAAAAACUAAGAAGUAUUGUCUAAAGAGAAAGGAAAUUAAGGGUAUAAAUAAUAACAAUAUAAAUUACGAAAUGCGUAUUUAAAAUAAUGACUAUGGAUGAUUCACAGAGAAGCUGAAGGAAGUCCAGAAAAGAAGCAAUUUGUGAAACUUGGAUGUGAAAUUUUACGUAUGUUUUGUUGUAAAUUAAUAAAAAAAUUAUAUAUAUAUAAAAAAAAACCCAGAAAGUCUCUCAAAGGGAUCCUCAGCAUUGGAUCUGGGGGACUUUGCCUGUUCCUCAAGGUCCUUGAUCUGCAGGUCACCCUCUAAAGGCUUCAUGCCUGGUACCAGGUCAGGGAUAGGCAUGACACCCGGCCCCUGUUCCCUCCUAAUCCUCUGUCACUAGAUAGUUUCACUCACCCUGUCCUAUUCUAGGAGCAGUUUACCCAACAGCAGUCAGGGACCCUUUUGUUCUUGAGACACUAGGGCAGCUGGGACUGUCGCUGCAAGAGGCUUAACAAUCACCACCAGAAAAUGUCUUGGUACAUCACAAUACAGAUGGCUGUUUACUAGACAGCCCUUUUUGAGGCGACAUGGGUAUUUCCUUCUGAACGAGACUGAUUCAGCGGUGCCUUGACUCUUCCCACUUUUUUCUUCAGGUGUCUACAACAGCAGCUAUGGCCCUGAAUACACUCACUGCAACAUGACCGUGUGGAACCCCAUCGGCAGUGGCCUUUCCUACAUGGAUUUUGGAUUCCCCAUCUUCCUCCUCCAAGAUGAGAAUGAAACAGAGGUCAUUAAGAAGGUACUGUGGGGGAGGCGGCAACCUAGUCAAGAUGGGCGUGGUACAACUAAUAAAAUUGGUGGUGGUGUUAUUAAUGUUCACAGCAGUCUUCUCUUCUAUGGAGAGAAAUAAAGUGAAGGAAAGGCAAUCUUUUGCCUUUGAUUUCCCUCUUCCUUCAGUAGCUCACUGUGCUUCCCCCAUCUCAAAUCAGCUCCAGAAGAUCGCAGCCCUCUGCUGGAGCUGCAGUGAGGUCAAGGGUACGUUCUUUCAUACGUGGUGGACUUGUAAAAGGGUAAACGAGUAUUGGGAAAUAAUUUAUAAUGAAUAGAAAAAAGUGUUUAAAAGUACUUUCUCCAAAAAACCAGAGUCCUUUUUGCUGGGGAUAAUUCAGAUGGAAAUUCCCAGGUGUCAAAAAAGUUUAUUUAUGUAUGCUACUACUGCAGCCCAUGUUUUGUUAGCCCCAAAAUGGAAAACAAGCGAGGUCCCAACUAACAAAGAAUGGCAACUUAAACUGAUGGAAUAUGCACAGCUUGCGGACCUAACUUGCAGCCCUCUGGAACAGCAUGGGAUGUGGCACGGGAGUUUUGCAGGACACUAAAUAGGGGGAGAAAUGUCUCCCUGCCUCUGUCCACAGAAGACUGUGUUGGAGCAAAGAGCCUCCUGGGAGCAAAGGGAGACCAUGAAAUACAACCAUAAGGAACACAUGCAAAUGAGUCUGUUGAAGUGUCCCACCUUCUCUGUUUCCCUCCUCUAGUGCUACCAAACCUACAACCUCCCUGCCAACGGCUCUGACCCGCAGUACCCACUGUGUGCCAUGCAGCUCUCCUCCCACAUGCACGCCGUGACCAGCACCGUCACCUGCAUGCGGCGCAGCGCCAUCCAGAGCACCUUCAGCCUCAACCCAGGUGAGACAACAGGGCCGGUGUGGGGGGAAGUGUCCCAAGACAAGGCUGACAACCGCCAAGCUGUGCGUCAGGAAAUUCUGGGCAGCGCGGUUGAAAGAAGAUACCAGCAGACUGAAAGGUGCUCUGAGGAGGGUGGCAAAAAUGGCGAAGGGCCUGCGAGCCCCAUGAGGAAAGAGUUAAGGAGUUGUGCAUGUUCAGCCUAGGGAAGAAAUGUUGAGAGGCAAUGUGAUACAGCUACCUUCAAAUAUCUGACAGGCUGUCUCUUAGAAGACAGAGCAGAUUUGUUUUCUGUUGCUCUAGGGAGGCAGGUUCACAAGCUCACUGACACCAUGCAUAUUUUGCAUGUAGAACUAUAUUGGCCAAGCUGAUGUUUUGGACUACAACUCCCAUCAGCCUCAGCCCCAGUCAGUGUGACUGUGCUGGCUGGGGUUGAUGGGAGUUGGAGUUCAAAGCAUCUGCAGGGCACCAGGUUGGGGAGGGCUGAUGCAGAAAAUUGUGGAUUCAGAUUGUGGUGGUGUUUUAAAAAGGGGGGCGGGGAUCCUGGCUGCAUAAGUUGGAUAAGACUUCAAUCUCAUUUCUCCCAGCUAGACGUCAAAUAUAAUUUCAAAGUUUCAAUUGGUUGUUUCAAAGCUGCUUUGAGGGGUGACACCACAAAGGCAGGCCGCAGCACAUGGUGGGGGUCAGUCAGUCUUCCCAGGCCAAGGAAUGACCAGCCAGCCAGUUUGUGCUCCUUGCGCUUUGUUGAGGUCACUUUCUCCCUCUGUUCCAGAGGUCGUCUGUGACCCUCUCAAAGAUUACAACGUGUGGAGUACAGUGAAGCCCAUCAAUGAGUCCGAGAAGAUGGACCCGGACAGUGUCGUCAUUGCUUCCAGUCGGGUAGGUGUUGCACAUGCGGAGGCAGGGGGCUCUCCUUGCUUAGAGCAGAAUCCAUAUUUACGCAGCCCUGAUUGGCUGCCCCUUGUGUCAGCUAUGAAUUGGCUCAUUCUCCCCGCCCCUUUCUCAAAACUCAGCUGUUGCACAGUACUGACUGGUAGGGAGCAGAAGGAUUUUCUCACGUGACGUUGGGUUGUAGCUACACAGAAUUCUAAUAGUUAUGUAAAACGGAUUAUUGCGUAGAUUGGGCAAAAUCAAGUUUCAAAUUGGAAAUUGUUGUUAAACAUGGUCCGUAUACAGAUAACGCCCACUGAAGUAAUUUAAACGGGCUGCUUUGGGUUUAAAAUGAGAAAACUAUCAUUAUUUCCUAAAUACUACAUCACUUUGGAAAUCCACAGUAUGACCCUUUUAAAGAUGUUUCCUUAAAAAUGUAAAAACUGCCACCUUCCAUGAAAUUGUUCUUCUGUUUAUGACAGACAGAAUUUAUAGACUGCCUUUCAGGGCAUAACCUUUAUUUUUAUUGAGUGGAAUUUCCAGCUUAACACAAAAAUAGAUUGUGCGUGAUCGUAAGACAUCAAAUUAAUAAAAUGUUGCAUAGGAUAUAGUAAAACAGCUCAGAAUCUCAGAAUCCAGCUGCAGGAAAACACUGGGUGAGAUCCAUUGUGGCAUGACUGGAUGUCUCUGCACCUACUGUGGAGCUUCGCCUUCCUGUCAUCUGCCCUGCAAACGCCACCCCUCCACCCCAGAUCGGCACUGGAUCUGAGAAGCAGGCUAGCAGGCUAUCCCUCUUAAGAGGUCAACUGUUGUCAGUCACAAAUGUCUUUUGUUCAAAGAGCAUAAAAAAUGAACAAUGGCUCAACUUUCCCAUUCUCACAAUUGCAUUUGCAGUUCCUUAGUUGUUGAUGCCUCAUCACUCUGUGUGGUGUUUGUUCUUAGAGGAAAUGUGCCUUAAUGCUGUUAAAUAAGAUUCACAACUAUGUGGAUGCUUUAGUUUGACUUUCAAAUAUAUUGAUUAGCUGGUCCUAUCGGGAAGCCAUCUCCACUUCCCUGUUUCAAGUGCCAAAUAUAUGUUGGGAGCUGAUAAACAUACCAGGGGAGAGGGAGGUAAGACACAAAAAUUAAGGAGUCCGUCUGCCCUAAACACAAUGGCCUGUGAGGGGUUGUUGUGGCGGGUUUCAAGGCUCCUGCUUAAGGUUUCCUACCCCUGCUUUAAAGAUUAAAGCCAGCACUUUGAAUUGUCCUUGGAGACCCAAAGGAUGCAUGCAGACAGGGCAAUGGAAACGGUGAAUUUUUGGACCUUUUUGACUCUCUCUCUUGCUUCUGGCAGAUGGACAGCCACUCUUUCUUCUGGAAUGUGGCCCCUGGGGCAGAGAGUGCCGUGGCGUCUUUUGUGACUCUCUUGGCGGCAGCCGAAGCCAUCCACAAGAUCCCCGGAGUUCAGACCUUGCCGAAAAACAUCAUGUUUGUUUUCUUCCAGGGGGUAAGGUCAGGUCUUGUUUUUUCAUGGCAAGGGAAGGAAGGAGCUUCCCUUCAGAAGGGCCCGGGUCCAGGCCCCAGCAGCUUAGGUUUGGCAGGAAAGGGCAGUGGUAGAGGGUCUGCUUUGCAUGCAGAAGGUCCCAGGUUCAAUCCCCAAGGGCAACUCCAGGUGUAGUUGAGAGACACUCCGGUCUGAAAUCCUAGAGAGCCCCUGCCAGUCAGUGUAGGCAGCACUGAGCUAGAUGGACCAAGGAUCUGGCUCAGUUUCCUAUAUUCCUAAAGGCCCCUCUGGCCUUAUAGACAGUGUUAGAAAUUCCCCAGGUGCAUUUUGUGACUGGCGUGGGUCCAGUUGUGACCACGUGGAGAUCUCUGGAUGCCAGGUUGGCAACUGACCUCUCCAUCUGGCUGGCCCUUCCAGCUUUCGUAAGCAGGCAAGCAGAAGAGCUUAUUCACUGCGUUUAUGUCCCACCUUUUCCUCCAAGGAGUCCAUGGUUCACCCCACACUCCUCAGUUAAUCCCUGCAACAACCCUGUGAGGUAGGUUAAGAGGCUGUGACUGGCCCAAGGUCACCCAGUGAGCUUCAUGACUGGGGGGGAAUUUGAACCCUCAUCUCCCAGGUCCUAGUCUGACACACUGACUUCCUAGAGUUCUUCUGCUAUGGGACAGCUAUAUAAAUUAAGUAGGUAAAUAAAGAUGGGGAGAGCAAAAUGUCACUUAGGGUAGGAUCUGAAAUAUUUUCCGUGAAGCUUGAAUUCUGGAUUGUUUUAUUUGAUGUUUUAAUGUGUUGUAAACCAUCUUGAGUUUUAUUCCUUAAAAUAGAAAAGCAGUAUAGGAAUGAAAAAACAUAUCAUCAUCAUCAUCAAAUUUCAUUGCAAAAAAAAGACACUUAGACAUUCCAUUGUGGUGACCAUAAUCUGGGUUUAAGAUGCCAUUUGGCAGUUAGCUUAUUUAUCCAAGUUUCUAACUGCUUGGGAGAGCUGUUGCCAGUCAGUGUAGCCAAUACUGAGCUAGAUGGACCAAGGAUAAUCAGACUCAGGGUAUGGCAGCUUCCGAUGUACUUCAGGCUGAAAGAGCGCUCCCAGUUUCUACGUUGGGAAUAGGAAUCGCAUUGGUGGCCUUUGUUAUUCUCAGCUGGAAAAUGUAGCCAUUGAGCCCUGGAAUAAAUGUAUUUAUCCUCAGGGAAACAAAUGAUCAGUGAGGCAGAUGUACCCAAGCCCAGCCCCUCCAGGGAAUUAGCCAGCAAUGUGGAUUUUGCAGAAAAUGUUCUGAUGCUCUUAAUCUGUCGGGAUCUGAUCUAGCAUGUUUGCUUUGAUUGAUAUUUAGUAAUCAAGAACUAAAACGUAUGUCAACUUAAUUUUAACACAUUGCAUAAAUUUCUCCGUAAAAGUUUUUCAAGUGAAAAUCAUUGCAGCUGAAACACUCAGUUAGGAAAAGAAAAUUCAAUAGAGCACACUUAAUGCAGAUGAAAGGUAAUUCGAAGGAUGGCAUUCAGUGAUAGUCAUACUUGGAGCAAACCCACUGAUAUUGACGAGCCCAUGAAUUUCAGUUGCUCUACUCUGAGUAUGACUUGCUUGGAGUGCUUUUGGUUGGACAUAGAUUUUGUUGGGAUCUUUAUUAGUGUUUUAGGACCUGGUAACUCAGUAUCAUAGAUACUUCCUUAUUUUGUUAAAUUUCUUUUUUUUUAAAUGGCGUUUAAAACUGCAUACUAACAGAAGACAAAGAAGCAGCAAAGCUAGGGAAAACGGUUGCCUGAGCCCCCAGGCAGCUCCACCAGUUAGAGCUGAGAUUCUGAGAGCUAGAUGGACCAAUGAUCUGACUUGGAAAAAAACAAUCUCUGGCCUCUCCCUUUAAAAGGGUUCUGGAAAGCCACUCCCAAUUGGAGGGCAGCCCUCUAUGUGGUGCUGGGGAGCAUAACUCAGUGGUAGAACAUUUGCUAUACACAGAGAGAGCUUCAGGUUCAGUCCCCAACCGUAUAAAAUUAUCUUGGAAUGGCAACCAAAAGACCCCAGGGAGCUGCUAAUAAGUUGAAAUGAAAGUACAUGGUUCUCUCUGUUGAGGCUUCUUUCCUGGGUAGACUCUUGUAGCUUCCUUUUCCCCUUUCAUUCUGGGAAUGGGGAGAUUUUUCCCUUGGCUGAGAUUUAGCUGGCCAAGAAUGGUGGAAACCAGGUUGGGUGUUAACAUCAACGCUUGUUAGCAUCUUAACAUUAGCCCUGGUGGAUGAGGCAUGGGGUGUGUGUGUGGAAAAGUCCACCUAUCCCGGCAUCUUCUCACCAGCAGCAACAACCAACCAGAUACUCCCCAGGAAGUGCCAGAGCACGGCAGGAAGGCCGGCUCCAACUCUUUGUCCCCCAGCAACGGGUAUGUGGAGGCCCCGCUGCCUCCAAACAUUAAACGUCACAUGGAAAGGAUUAAAAAUAUAUGCGCACUCUGGAGCAAACCAGUUUUAAUUUCUGGGAGCUGGCAGCUGUGUGAAGCCAAGAGGAUAUUUGGAAGGGGAGGGGGCAGAUGGGAGAGAGGGGGAACCGAUGGUAAGCAGCUGAUGUUCCCCUCCAGGCAUCAACAUCGAAGGGCCUCAUUUGCUCAGCGCUGUCAACUUUGCGGUGGCUUCCAAAGUCCUGUGAUGUCUCCAUAUGAUCUCCCCACCCAGUGGGGGAGCAGUGGGAGGGGAGGGGGUGAGAAUUGGCAAUGAGGACCUCCCUCCAAAGCCUGCAGAAUUAGCUGUUGGGAAACCAGUAGUUUUGAUGCAGUAUCUGGCACUGUUAGGCUGUUCAAAAUACUUCGCACAAUAAACUUUACAAUGAUCCCGCAAGGUAGGUUGGUGUCGUUACCUGCUGCGCUGCAUAUUCAGAGGGGGGAAGGACAGUACCUUAAUUGUGGUUAAGAGACUGAGCUGUGAACCUAGAUGCUCCAGUUCAGAUCUGCCAUAUAGUUGGCCUCUGGUAAACCCCCUCCUUCCCUCUCUCUACCACCUGCAAGAUGGGUGUGUAAAUACGAGCCUGAUUUCAAGGUGGUUGCUGCAGCAGUGCCCAUGUGCUCUAUAAUAAAUGCUGCAUCUUCUUCCAAUCAUUAUGGUUGCAGCUGAGUCUGGGUGGCCAAAGCUUGCUUUGUGACCGUUUUUGAAUUUGCCUUCCCCUCUCAAGGAGACCUUUGAUUACAUCGGCAGCUCACGGAUGGUUUAUGACAUGCAGAAUGGCCACUUCCCAGUCAAGCUGGAAAACAUCCAUUCCUUUCUGGAGCUGAGUCAGGUAGGGAAGUUCAGUUCAGUUCUUCCUCUGCUAUAAACUCAGUGGCUUUUCCUUCUCCAUCUUGCUGCAAUGUUUACCCAAUUCCAUGUCCCAGAGUGUGGAUUCUGCAUUUCUAGGCAUACGGGUGCCAACUAACUAAUAAUAUUUGCGGAGCAGGGAAGGAUUUCUUGAUUUUAUUGUUUUACCUUUUUGAGGGUUGUCGUUUCCACAGUCAAGCAGUGUAUAAAUGCAUUUAAGUAAAUAAGAAAACAAAAGGACCAGAGAAUAUGAGGUCUGCAACAUGAGAAGGCUCUGACACAAAUUGUGGCAGCGGGUGGCUCGCAUCUGACCUGCAUCUCACACAGCAAAGACACACAAAAAAUGAUUUCUUCCUUACACUUCCCCCACCCCCAAAGGCCUUCCAGUGUGUCACAUCUGUCAGAAACAUCCUGAUUUAUAGUUUGCUAACAUCAAGGGCAGUCUGUCUUCAUGCAGGCUGGAGUUCAGGUCCACCUGCCUGCAGGGGGCUUACUGUCAAUCCCUGAAGCCCCCUGGCCCCAUUCCCCCUUCUCCUCCAGCCCUCCCUCUCUUUCAUUUGGCCCCGUGCUUCUCUCCAUCUCUCAAAUAACUGUUCAUUGGUUAUUUAAAGGCAUGCAGGGGUCCCAAGGCAUGUGUGAAGGGACAUAAUGUCGUAGUCUUGCAAUGAUGUACCUGUGUCCUGGGAGUGGCAGGAUGGGAAGUCACUUGGGGACAUGCACAUCCCAGCUCGGCCGCCUUGCGUUCCAGCACAGAGGAAAGGCAGGAUGCAAACAGUCCAGGUGGAAGGAUGAGGCAACUGGGCUGAAUGCCAUGUUGUUCUCAAGGCCAAAGUGACCACCUAAAGCAGGGCUGGCUUAACUAGGCUACUCCCUUUUUAAAAAAAAUAGACGCUUCCAAACUCCACCAAUGGGUAUUUAAAUUUGCGAAGCAAGAGUUUAAACCCAGGAGCUCGGAACAGUUAAGGCAUAAUUAAGAAGUGCUCAUUGAUUCUGAGAGCUUUCUCUUGCUCAGUCCAGAGUAGCACUUAAGGGCCUCUAGUCCAAAAUUCUUUGCAAACAGUGGUGCUAGAUAAGCCGUUGAGAGUGGCCGUUUGCUUCUCCCACUCUGGGGGGUAAAAAAACCAACUCUCUUUUCCUGCCCAGACAGCAAACCCUCGCCAUUUGUAUUUCCAUCUGUUAGGCCCUGUUUCAGCUCCUGUUGGUCAGGCUUUCUUGGGGGGGUGUCUUUCUGCCUGCUUCCCAGACAGCCUAAGUUACCACUAUACUGCUGCCACCAAGUGGGAUGACGGGUGCUCCUUCUGUUGCAGGUUGCGCUGAUGGAUAACUUCGAUCUGUGGAUGCACACAGAUCCUGUAUCGCAGAAGAACCACUCUACAGAGGUAAGGGUGCAAUAUGCUCUUUUUUUGGUUCUCAGGUGGCGCUGAGGGGCAAUUAGGCUGUGCAGGGUGGGGUGGGGACCUGCUUUGUUCUCCUGCCAGGCCACUGCCUUCCGCAGUCAUCCCCAAAGCAUUGCCUGCUUUGCUCUUGACGUCUGUGUGGCCAUGUUGGUCAAAGGGCAAAAGCUCUGCCUCAUGCUCUGGUUGUCUUUCCCCUCAGCUGCGGCCGUCUCCUUUUGUCUGGCCUUCCUCUGUCUUGCCUUCAUCCCCCGCAUGCCUGUCCAUUGGUUCACCCCUCUCCGAACACCAGACAUGCAACUCCCCUCCUUCUGGCUUCCUGCCUGUGCCUGAACCCAGCACAAGCACCUUGGUCCUUGCCUUCGGAGCCCGCUGUGGCCUUGCCCUGUCUGGCCUUUUACCCUUGGCACCCUGGAGGUCCCCUGUGCCUUCAAAAGACUCCACCCUUGUUCCCAUGCCUCUGAGAACAGUUGCAUGAUGCCAAAUCUCCCGUUUCCUUGUAAUCCCUUUCCCCCCUGAAGCCUUAGACUUGGCCCAUUGGUCCUCACCACGUCCUGAAACAAAGUCUGUGCAAUGGAACUGAAUUGUGUCCCGUGUCCAAAGUUUGCAUUGUAAGCCCAUGCGGCAGGGACUUGUCCUUUUAGACCUGCGAGACCUCCAGUCAUGCUAUAUAAAUGACAGUUCCAUCACGUCAACGUGUCUGGUUUUGCAGUUGCUAAAUUGGGUGAGCGGAGGCCGUUUUCCAGCUCUAAGCUGCAGCAGACAGCUUGUGUUUGCUUUGCUGCUGCUGUUGUCAAGUCGGGUUUAUUUAUGUAGCCUUUUCCCUGCAAAUGCUGCACCUCAAGUCGGGUUUGCAACAAAUGCAUCUUCAUAACCAUAAGGUGGUCUCAAAAAGAAUGUCGUCACCGGCCUCCUCCUUACUUCUUAGGAAAGCGUUCAGAACAUGGUGCAGACCUUGAAAAACAGCAGCGGAGAUACCAACAUCACCAUGCAAGUGAUUGGCGCCUCCCAGCCCCUCCCUCCGUCCUCCUUCCAGCGAUUCCUGCGGGCCAGGCAGAUCCCUGGCGUGGUGCUGGCCGAUCACCGCUCCACCUUCAGGAACCAGUAAGCGGCCCAAUGAGCCCUGCCCUUCACAUUGGCUGCAAACUGUUCAUGUUGGGAGGGUUGGCUAGGGAAUGUCUUAAAGAGAGUUGCGGCAGUUGCUGUGCGCGAGAGCUGCUUUCCUAAAGCUCUUCCUUCUCCCACCCUGGUGCAUUCCCAACGAGUUUUGUAGCACUUCAGUUAGAAUUCUGUUUGUCCAAUUCGGUUUCCAGCCCUCCAGAAACCCCUGCUGCCUACUUCUCUUCACAGGCUGCCUUGCUGAAAACCCUCGGCAGCCUGGGAAACCUUCAUUUCUUAAUCUGGAGGCAGGGCCGUACCUUGGCAGCACCAAGGAUGUAGGCUCAGGGUGUGUGCGCAAAAAUCACACCUCUCCACUCUGGUUCGGAGUAGCUAGAAGCCUGGCCUGCCCAUCCAUGUGUUCAGGUAGGUGGACCAUGUGUAAGACAAAGAAGGGAGGCAAAGCAGAACACACCCAACCCCAUGGCUGCGAAGUCAUCACUGACAGAGCACAAAAGGCAACAGAAAGCAAACUUUCUGAGUUUCCAGUCCAUGGCCUCUCCAAGCUUCAAAGGCACCGAUACAUCUUCUUUCCAGGGGCACAAGGGACGGGGGGCACCAAUACAGCUGCUUGCCAAGGGUGCAAGGGAGCCUGGAUACACCUUUGUCCGGAGGCCCUGGUCAUGAUGCUUCACACAGACUCCUAAUUCUUCCUGCAAGCCAUUCGCUUUUUCCAAAGAGUGGCCCAUGGGCAGCCCAAAGGGCAUUUUGCAAUGCAGACAGAAUAGGAGUGUCUGUUUCUAGCUCGGGCUUGUUAGCCAGCUGCCACCUAUCAUGGCUUUAGCCUUGCCGCAGUAGUAUGUCCUCUGGUAACCUCAUGCUUGCAGUGUGCUAUACUUGGGGCUGCCCCUGACAGUCCAUAGGCUGCCUCUGGUGCGGAAUGUGGCUGCCAGACUGUUGGCUGGUGCUGCAGAAUGGAAUCUUGUUCCAUGGGAAGGGAUGGUGCAUCUCUGUGGAUACCUGUGCUCUGCAUGCAGAAGGCCACAGGUUGAACCUGCGGCAUCUCCACGCUGCGAAUAUCCUCUGAAGAGUCUGUGUCAGCUGCCAAUCAGGGUGAAUAACACUGAGCUAGUGGACCAGUGGUCUGUUUCAAUAUAAAGCAGCUUCCUAUAUUCCAACGUUAAUCACUAAUACAAGCUGUACUGCCUGCCUCUUCACUACCAAACCCAUUGUAAGGUGUUCACCAUGGUGUAUAAAGCCCUACAGGGCUUGUGAUCCAAGUGUUUGAAAGAACGCCUCUCCCAUUCCCUGUCAACCUUGGGCCUUAAGAUCAGUGUGGGAAGCCCAGCUUGUAGUUCCACGGACUGCUCUGGUUAGCGAUGCAGCAACACAAGAGCAGGGCCUUUUCUGUCACAACUCCCUCAGUUCAUUUCCCCCACCUCCCAAUUACAAGGCUUCUAGCAUCACAUGAAGGCAUGUGCUUCCCCUGUUUCAGGCCUUGGGAGACAACUAUCGAACGGAUCUUUUAAAGCCAGAUUAGUUAUCGGUUUUAUGUUACGUUGAUAUGUAGCCUAUAUGGCCAUAUAUUAUCUGUUUUUCAGCAUCACAAUAUAUCGCCCGUUAAACAUCACGAUAAACAAAUAUAUCACGAUGUCUGAUAUAAGGAUGGAGCUAUGUAGAGGCAUUGGCUGGCUUCACGGUUUCCCUACAUUGCGAUUUUUGCAUAGCGCACACACACACACAUAAUGAUUCGCAAUAUAUUGCCAGAUCAGUAAUUAUAAAGCUGAUAUUGCAAUAUGAAAAUCAAACCGGUUUGGGAUGAUAUAUUGUUAUAUCGCUGAGCCCUCAUAGCCUACUAAUAUCCUGUUGUGCAUUGCUGUGAGAACCUUUCGGUUAUAAAUACAAUAAAUAAUAACCCACCCAGUAUAAAGCGGUGGACAGACUCCAGAAUAAAGUUGAAGUUAUUUAGCAGGUUCUCGGGCAGAGCUGGGCCAUAGUGUUCAAGAUCCAAAAGAGAGAUGUAAUGUUAAACAAAUGAGUCUCUCCUUCCCUUUCUUUAUCUUGAAACACCUCUUUUUCCCUACUAGUGAAAGUUGCAGACUUCUUUUUUUAAAAAAUCCUGUGCCAUAGGGCUGCAUGGAAAUGGGGCGAGAUCCUGCCCAUUGGUCAGCUCUGUUCUGCAUAGCGGACUCACCUGCUGGGAAGCUGCACAGCUUCCAAACAGGUUGAAGAAGAGUCUUUGCAAAACCCUUUUCUGACAGUAGCCAGUAGAGGGGGUUAUGGCCACCCCUUUGCACGAGGAGUGAGAGGGCUGGGGGUGGGCGAGGAUGCUGGGAAGAGCAUAGCAGUUGUGUUUUGGGGGAGGCAGAGGGAGCAGACGUGUGCUAUGUAAUUAAAGAGGCGCAGCGUAAUUGUUCUGACAGCCACGAGAAAUCCAGUUUUGUACCGCAAUGUUUUCCUGCAGCUGGCUGGCAGCCAGAGGUUAGCAAACAGCAAUUGAGCGUUCAGGGAGGGCCUCAUCUGUUCUUCAAGGACUGCUUUAAAACAAAAACAAACAUGGAAGGAGUGUGUUUGUGGUGGCCUGAGGAAAUCCAGCUGUUGCAGGCACCGGGCUCUACCCUGGGCCCUUCAGCCAGUGCCGUGCGCACCCAAACGUAUGGUUGCCAUGUUCUUUCCCAACCCUUAACCAGAGACCCCUGGGAAAGGAGGCAAAACCCUCCCCGUUUGGCUCCCAGUUCGUCACAAGAAUGUAAGACGAGCCUGCUGGAUCUGGCCAAAGGGGGCCCAUCUAGUCCAGCAUCCUGUUCUCACAGUGGCCACCUGGAUGCCUGUAGGAAACCUGCAAGCAGGACCUGAGCACCAGAGCCCUCUCCCCUCCUGUGGCUUCCAGUAGCUGGUAUUCAGAAGCAUUGCUGCUUCCAGUGGUGGAGGCAGAGCACAGCCAUUGUGGCUAGUUGUCCUCCAUGAAUUUGCCCAAUUCUCUUUUGAUGCCAUCCAAGUGGGUGUCCAUCGCUGCCUACUGUGGCAGGGAGUUCCAUAGCUUAACUAUGUGCUGCAUGAAGUAGGACUUCCCUUUAUCGGUUGUGGAUCUGGCAGGCUGGUCAGCAGCUUCUGCCCAGCUGUGUGUGUUGAACCCGCAUGCAGUUUCUGCUACCACCUUGCCUUUGCUCUGCCUUGAUGCCCUCCCUGAAUCAUCCAUCCACUUUGCUCUUAAAGCCAUGGAAGGUUGGCUGCAUCCCCAUGCCCAGAACCUGCCUCUCAGCAGGCCUGGUGCCAUGGUGAAGGGACAAGGCAGGCAGCCUCCUAGCUGGGAAUUUGUUCACUGAGCAGAAACCGUUCUCUCACAGCCUCCUUCAAAAUGGGCAGAAUGGUUGCAGAGAGGUGGUUCAACAGCUUAGGCAGUAUGAUGUGGCCCGGAGUGCUUUUGCAAGGCUUCAGUUGCUGAGCCCGUUUCUGAAGAGGCAGCAAAUCUGGUCAUUGUAUUUCAGAUUAGAAUUGCAGAGAUACAACUGGUUGGUUGGGUGGGUGGGUUGUUUUUUGCGGGGUGUGUGUGUAUGAGCACCCAUAGCAUGCCCCUUUUGCCAGCUUCAGGGAUCUAAGUCAAGCCAAGAUCAUGGACUCCUCCUUUUCUUUUCUCUCCUCCCUCUUUUCUUUACCUCUGCUAAAGCUUAUUAUUUAUAUAUUAUUUGUGGCCCUCCAGCACAACCAACUACCCAGCUUCCUUUGCCCCACUCGGAAAGCGUCAGCCUUUCUGCUAGAACAGAGUUUCCCAAACUUGGGUCUCCAUUUGUUUUUGGACUACAAUUCCCAUAAUCCCUGACCACUGGUCCUGCUAGCUAAGGAUGAUGGGAGUUGUAAUCCCAAAACAGGCCCAAGUUUGGGAAGCCCUGUGCUAGAGCGUUCUGCCAGUGGCCCUGUGCCUCUUCUUGUUGGCAGCUGACUCUGCCCACGUCCAGGUCUGGCCUCUUGAAUUCAUGCUAUUUUGGGUAGUGGGGAUGGGUAGGAGCUGUUCCUUUUGCCCCACCCCCUGUGUUUUGGCCUUCACCCUCUCAAGGUUUGCCGGCAUCCUUAAGCAGGUUGGCAGAACUUCUUCAGAAGCGUGUUCCCGGUGCGAGUUGCAUGGACUUCUCUUCUCCCUCCCGCCCCUGCCAAUAAACGGCCUUGAGCUCAUCAAACAGGCAAAGCUGCAGAAGGGCCAAGUUAAUUACGAAGCCUCAUUAAACGCUUUGAGGAGGAAGGGGGCAGGAGGAGGCUAGAUUCCCCCCCUCUCCUCCCCCAGGAGAAGCCUCCUGGCACCUGCUCCAGACACCGCCUGCUCUCGAGGGCCCCAUUGUGCCCUCGCCAACCUGCCUUCUCCUCUCUUCCAGCUACUACCAAAGCAUCUACGACACAUCGGAGAACAUUCAGAUGAACUACCCGGAGGGACUGAGCCCAGAGGAAAUGCUGAAUUAUGUGACGGGCACGGCUAAGGUUCAGUGUGCUGUGACGUGGCGGGGGGCGGGGAGCGGCUCCCAUCUGUCCUUCCAAAGACUUGAGAAGGGGGAGGGAAGAGAGAGUCAUCGUAACUUCGUAUUGUCUUGAGCUCUCGGUGGUUGUCAUAGAGACAUGCCAACAGCGCACAGGCAGGAGGGUAGCUGGCCUGCGCGCCAUGCACUCACCAAACUUGCCCGUCUCGUAUUAACCUGGAGCCCCUCUUCCUCCCUUUCCUACAGUCCCUGGCAGAUGUGGCUACUGUGGUUGCCCGCACACUCUACCAACUUGCAGGAGGAAGUGGCAACACCUCAACUGUUCGGGCAGAUCCGGCAACGGUACGAGCAGACAGGGGUCCAGGGCCCUGGUACCAGGCCUGAGUUCUGGCCUUCCCCCCUUCUGUCUGUGUGUUUGUGCGUGCGUGUGCAUGCAAUCGUGUAUGUGUGUCCCUCUCCAUGUUGCAUCAACAGAACAUGCAUUGCUUCAUCUCCCUGAACCAGCCAUCUUCACCACCACAAUCACUUUUUUUGGGGGGGGGUCCUUUCCCCUCAUCCGGACUGAAGCCGUAUGGAUGGUGCUCUGACCACCAAUGACUAGCACAGAGCAACCCCACCUUGUUCAGUUGCACCAAUCAGUCUCAUUUGGAUGGAAUGUGUGCUUUGUGGAAUUUCUUCUGAUAUUAUUAUUAUUAUUAUUAUUAUUAUUAUUAUCAUUUAUUAUUUGUACCCUGCCCAUCUGACUGAGUUGCUCCAGCCACUCUGGGCAGCUUCCAACGUAUAUAAAAAAUAUAAUAAAACAUUAGACAUUAAAAGGUUGUCUUCACAUGUCUUCUAAAGGUUAUAUAGUUACUCAUCUCCUUGCCAUCUGACGGGAGGGCGUUCCACAGGGCAGGUGCCACUACCGAGAAGGCCCUCUGCCUGGUUCCCUGUAGCUUCACUUCUCACAGUGAAGGAACCGCCUGGAGCCCUUCUGUGCUGGACCUCAGCGUCUGGGCUGAACAAUGGGGAUGGAGACGCUCCUUCAGUUAGUUAGGCAGGAAGGGGUCAGGUGCCUACAUCUCCCCCUACCAAAAAAGAUUCCCAUCUCCAUAAUUUCUGAGCAGCCCCACCCUGCUGUUAGUCCAUCAGGCAAGCAUUGCCUUUCAAGCCUGCCUCUGCAGCCGUUGGGACAGGUUGGAAACAUCCCUUUUGCUUUUUUCAUGGGUAGGCUUACUAAAUUCCUCACCAUUCUCCUCUACAGAUAUGAAGUCCUGUAAGACAGCCUCCUUCCAGUUCUGGUUAGGCAAAAGAGCAGGUCCCCAAUAACCACAUGGUGAGCUUCCUGGCUGAACCCAGGUCUCCCAGUGAGCCAGCCCAGCCUUUUCUGUCUGCUUCUGAGUGGCCCCAACUCAGCGUUCUGCACUUGAGGCCCUGACUCAAUGCUUCGUCCUCUUUCCAGGUCACACGCAUGCUGUACGGCUUCCUGAUCCAAGCAAACAACCCCUGGUUCCAGGCAAUCAUGAAGGCAGAGCUCAAAGCCGUUCUGGGUAAAGUUGGUCUGGGUUGCACAUGAAGUGGAGAGAAAAGUUUUUCCUCCCUCGUAAUACUAAAACUCGGCAGCACCCAAUGAAGCUGCAUGUUCGGAGGUUUAGGGUAAAAUAAAGUAGUACUUCCACACAGUGCGGAGUUAAAAGUGUCGCUGGAUUUAGCAAUGGGCUCAAAAGGGAUGUAGAUGUAUUCUUGGAGGGUGAGGCUAUCAGGGGCUGCUAGCCAUGAGGACUGCGUCCUGCCCUCAGGAUCUGAAUACCAGCCGCUGGGAAUCACAGGUUAUGAGAGUACUGUCAUACUCAGGUCCUACGUUCAGGCUUUCCGUAGGCAUGUUGGAUAGUUCUGUUGGUAGAGCAUGCAUCUCGGUUGUGGGUUUGAGCCCCACGUUGAGCAAAAGAUUCCUGAGUUGCAAGGGGUUGGGCUAGAUGACCCUUGUGGUCCCUUCCAACAGCCACAAGAAUGGGAUGCUGCGCUAGGUGGGCCUUUGGGGUGGGCAAUGCUGACUUCAGGGCCCGGUGCCUCUACCUGCCCAGCCCCUCUUGAAACCUUUCCCUCCUCUCCCACCCCAAUUUCCUCCCAGGAAACGGACCCCUCCAGUACUACAUCGCUGUGAAUAACCCCGUGAACUCCACCUACAUUGUCCAGUACGUCUUGGCCAACCUCACAGGCACCCGGCAGGAGAACGCGACCAAGGAGCAGUGCCAGGAGCUCAACAAGAACUCCAAGGUGAGUUUGCUCAUCCCACUCUUUUUCGAGAUGCAACAUAUUAUUCUGCUGCCUGCAGCACUUUUGAUUAUAUUACUUUUGCAUUUGUGUCUCACCCUUGUGGUCCAAGUUAACUGUAUUGUUGAUCUACCUUGGGCUCUACUGAGGAGAAGUGGAAUAAUAGCAAUAAACACGUGCGGCCAUCCCAAAUCAGUACAGUGGUACCUUGGGUUACAUAUGCUUCAGGUUACAGACUCCGCUAACCCAGAAUAGUGCCUCAAGUUAAGAACUUCGCUUCAGGAUGAGAACAGAAAUCGUGCUCCGGCAGUGCAGCGGCAGCGGGAGGCCCCAUUAGCUAAAGUGGUGCUUCAGGUUAAGAACAGUUUCAGGUUAAGAACGGACCUCCAGAAUGAAUUAAGUACUUAACCCGAGGUACCACUGUAGGUUUGUAAGAACUGUAAGCGACAAGCCCAGACAUCAGGCUUCACAGAGAGCACAUUUUGACCAUUCCAACAACAUCAAAAACCCACCUUGUUCAGAAAGUCCCAGACCCCCAGCUUCGCAGCAACACUCUUUGACAGUUUUAGGAGUCCACCUUUGGCUGGAACUUGCACCUGAGUCUCUGCUUCCAUUACCCCUGUGUUCUCUCCACAGCUGUACGACUACUCUUGGGUGCAGGGUGCCCCGUACCCAAAUGCCACAUCCCCCCGACAGCCGUACUGUGUCAUGUCAACGGUCCGCUUCAGCCAGGCUUCCUCCCCGGCAUUUGAGCUCCAGCAGUGGGGCUCCACUGAGUACUCCACGUGGACAGAGAGCCGCUGGAAGGAGCUCCACGCCCGGAUCUUCCUCGUGGCCAGCAAGCAGCUUGAGGUGAGUCUCUGGGCCCAGCUGAAGGGCCUGGAAGCAAAGUGGUUCUUUGCUGAAGGUGCAGAAAGCAGAGCUUGGACCCAGACCUCUCUGGACAUCUCAACAGUUUGGGGGCUCAUGAGGCUUGAGCCCAGGUCCCAUAUCUGUGCAGAGGAGGUGGCAGAGCAUGCACUUCAUAUGCAAAAAGUCAGGCUAUGACUUCUCAUAUUAAAGGGAUCUCUCAGGCAGGGAAGAGCAACUGCCAGUUAGAGUAGGAUGGAUGGACCAAAGUGUCAUGCGUCCCAAAGAGGCAUCGUGGAGCGGCUGGUCAAAUCAGGAUGGGGUGGGCGGUGGGAGCAGCCUGUUGAAGAGGCAACUAAGGUAGUUAACACUACACAAAUCCUAAGAUGGUUAGAUAGCACCUUGUACACCUCCCUCCAGCAACUCCUGCAGCCAUACUGAUGCCAAAUGCAUUGCUCUGCUUUCCUUUGGACUACAAGAGUGAGACCUCCACACACACUGCCCAGGCUUGCACCCCAGAGAGGUCAUUUCAGAAUUGCAAAUGCAGCAAUUUGACUUCACCCCCAGAGAUGCAAUCCAUUGGCUCUCAAGAGAGAUGGAUGCCCACAUAAAUUUCCAUCUAACGGGAUCCAAAGGUGUGUGCUACUUGUUGGAUCAUCUUCUCAGCAUCUGAACCCUUUUUGCCUGUGUCCUGAUUUCAGCAUUAAAGGUUCCGGCAGAAACCGUAUGCCAAGACAGACAGCCCUUAAUCCACUGGUGAGAGCCAGGACACACAUGGAAGACAGUUUGCUGCAAAAUUUGGAAUUCUGGGUAGCAGUAUCCACCCCUAUUUUGCAUGCAGAAGGAGUAGGGGUCAAUCCCUGGGAUUUCCAGUUGGAAGCAUCUGGGGCAGCAUUGCUAGGCGAGGCUUCUGCUUUGGAGAGCUGGUCAAGGCAGACUCUGAAUAAGGCAGCCCAGCAGAGGUCAGAGGUCAUAUCUCUAGGGAGGCCAAUGGAUAGGGCAAGCUGGAUUUCUGCCAUCUGUAAAAAAAUGUGCUAAUAGGCAAAAGCAGGGAGAAUUGUGCAGAAUUCAUUCUGGAUUCUGCUGAUGGUGGAACUGUUGUCCUGCUGCCCCUCUGGUUACUGAGAUUUCAGCAGGCAUGUCCUCCUUUCAAGCCAUGAAGACUAGCUCCUUCACUUUAAAAAAAAUCACAUCUGAGUCUUUUGGGGAAUAAAAUUCUGCUCUCCUGUGGAAUUCCCUCUGUGAGUCCCCUCCCAAUAGAUUUACUCUCCUCACGUCCCAAGAGAUGCACUCCCGAUUUCAAAGAUGCUCCACCCCCUCCAAAAAUAAAUAAAUUCCAAGAGUUGCUUUUGGGCUCCAGGGCUUUGGCCACAGCAUUCUUUCUUCUAACAGUCGUUUGUUCUGCCUUCUCAUUCUCUCCGCAGAUCAUCACGCUUAUCGUGGGCAUUGCUAUUCUGAUUGUCUCGUUCGUCGUCACCUACUUCAUCAACGCCAAAGCAGAUGUGCUUUUCACCAACCCAGGAGACUCGGGAGCCGUGGCGUAUUGAACUCCUAGCACUCAAAGCCGGGCGAGACAGAGAACGAACUUUGGGAUUGCUGGUAGAACAACACUGGAGCCUCUUCUUCCCUGAUUGAUGUGGAUUGUGGCACUGAAAGGAAUCUCACUUCUCUCCCCUCCCCACCUCCCCUAAAACAAUCUUGUACUGAAAGAAGAUGCUGGCGAUACAGAGAUGAUUUUUCUUCUUCUUCCUGCAGGGGAGAUAUUUGGCCAGAUGUCUUUAAACUUCAGAGAAGAUACCUUUCCUGUGAGGGCACCUGCUACACACUUCUGUGAGAAUAGGUGGUCAGAUACAGGGGGAAAUCUUCUCCAGGGGUCUGUGCAGACGAGAGGGUGUUCCUCAGUCUCUUUUGUUCUCCCUUUCCCUUUUUUAUUAUUUUAAAGAUCCAGGUUAUCUAAAAAGAUAUUCUCAAAUCAUUUGGUCUGUAUGUGUAUCAAGAUGCAAAUAAAAGAGGGAGAUCAGGAGGCUGGAAAGGGGGAAUUGGGUGUAAAAUAUUUCUUUUUUUAAAAAAAAAAAGAAUUGGAAUUUUUUUGUACAUAUUCUAUAAAUAGCUUGGUUUAAUUAAAAAAAAAUACUUGCGAAUUAAAUCCGUUGAUCCCACUGG